CUGGACUCUCUUAGACAAACGUUUUGCAAGUCGCUAAUAGUCUUUAUCCUACUAUAUCUUCAAAUAUAUCGACUUAUCCAAUUCUCUCUAAGCUGGAUUCUAGCUGUUUCCAGCAUUAAGAAUAUCGAUUGGCCCACCCCUCAAACUGGCGACAAACGACAAGAUGCCAUUUCCGGUCCCGAACAGCACGGUCUCCUUUUGGAGAGCCCAACCUGACGAACUUGACGAUUACCGCUCUACAGAAAGUCUCCCUUCAGAAUGCGAUAUAGUGAUCAUCGGCGCUGGCUAUGCUGGUGCCUCUGUUGCAUAUCAUCUCCUAGAUGAGAACCCCACCCCGCCAUCAAUUGUAAUGCUCGAAGCAAGACAAGCGUGUUCCGGGGCGACUGGGAGAAAUGGGGGUCAUAUCAAGCCUUCUCUGUAUGCAUCUAUCGGUAACAUGUCUGCGAAGUAUGGUCUUGAAGCAGCAGUAGAACUGGCGGAAUUCGAGAAAGCACAUCUCCACGCCAUAAAGGAGCUUGUCGAGAAGGAAGACAUAGAUUGCGAUUUCCAACUUACGAGAGCAUUUGACGUCUUUCUUAGCGAGACUCAAAACGAAAAGGUGAAGAAUGAUAUCGAAGCCCUCCAGAAGGCAGGCGUGUCGCUGCUGGAUGUCCAGUAUACACCGGGCAGCAAGGCUGAAAACGUAUGCGGAGUCAAGGACGCUAGAGGCUGUACGAGCUUUACAGCAGGUUCUAUCUGGCCUUACAGACUCAUCAUUCAUUUACUCCGAAUUGCUCUGUCCCGUGGUGUCAAUUUACAGACACAUACUCCAGUGGCUGAGAUCUCUGGAACCGCCGAUCCCUCGAGUGGUCGAUGGACGGUAACGACAUCAUCUCGAGGGUCUAUAAAAGCGAAGAAGGUGAUAUUUGCAACAAACGCAUAUACGUCUGCACUUCUGCCGCAGUACAAGGGCAAAAUAGUGCCUGUUCGUGGAAUGUGCAGUCGGAUUAUGACGCCGAAGGAUAAGCCAUCUCCCUAUCUUCCCAAUACAUAUAGUCUGCGCUGGAGUCCGACUAUCUUCGACUAUCUCAUUCCGCGACCCGAUGGUAGUAUUAUCGUUGGGGGAGCUAGAGCUGAGUAUUUGCCAGAGUUGAGCAAUUGGUAUAACGUCGUAGAUGAUUCUGAGCUCAUUGAGCCAGCCAAGAAUUACUUUGAUGGCUAUAUGCAGCGCCAUUUCCGCGGCUGGGAAGACAGUGGAGCAUAUACGGAUAGAGUGUGGACUGGUGUGAUGGGAUACUCGAGUGAUUAUCUACCGCACGUUGGUUGUGUCCCUGGAAAGCCAGAGCAAUACAUACUGGCGGGAUUCACAGGCCAUGGAAUGCCACAAGUCUUCUUAUCGGCGAAGGGUAUCUCUAGGAUGAUUCGAGAAAAUCGGCCGUUCGAGGAGAGCGGAGUUCCUAGACUGUAUAAGACUUCGGAAGCAAGGUUGAAGAGCACUGAAAACGCCAUUCUAGCGGCAGUUGGAAGAGGCACAGAGAAAGCUCAGCUGUAAUGGCGACGGAGUAGUCGAUAAUUCAUACCACGAUGAAGAGAAUGAUGUCAUUAGGGAAAUAAAGAGUAAACAGGAAAAUGAGGACUUUACUAGACUCUCUAGCACUGGACUAUCUUGCCUUAAGUAAUUUAUCAAAUAAUGGAUAUGGCUAUAAGCAAUAAUGUAGAGUAUGUUCUCAGCU